UGCGCAAGGGGGAAGAGAGGGAAAACAGGCCGAUGUGUGUGCGUCCGACUCAGAGCUGGGUGGGUCUUUCUCCUGCCCUUCACAUUUUCCAAAUAACUCCCCGGCCUGUGCGUUUGGAGCGCUUUCAGGGUCACCAUGUUGAUGCUGGCUGGAAUCGUCAUUGUGCAUCUCACCGCUAUUAUCCUCCUCCUCAUCGCUACCAUCGAUAAUGCCUGGUGGACAACCGACGCGCUGUCGACCGACUUGUGGGGAAGAUGGGAGCUGAUCAACUCGGCCUGGCAUUACACAAAAAUGAAAGACUACCCGGAAGAGUACCUUCAGGCGGUUCGGGCCACUUCGGUGCUGGCGUGCAUCUUCGCCAUCUUGGCCCUCUUCGUUUUUGUGGCCCAGCUCUUCACCCUGCCCAAAGGCCAGCGCUUCACCUUCACCGGCGUUUUGCAGUUGCUCGCCUGUUUUUGCGUCAUGAUCGCCGCCUCCAUCUACACCGGCGAGUUCCACACCGGCGAAGACGGAGCGUACGGACACUCCUACAUCCUGGCCUGGAUCUCUUUCGUCCUCACGCUGUUCUUGGCCAUCACCUAUCUUGUCCUGCGGAAAAAGAGCGAGUGAGCGCAAAGGACGGGGGAGGCCGAGAGCCGCGAGAAGUAUCCCCCAAAUUGGAGACAAACAUUUGCUGUUGGGAGUUAAAUGGGGGACGAUUGAACGAGCCAUUUCAAAAACAUAAUUUGACCUACGACGAGUUUAACACAUUUAGCAUUUUAUUGGGCAAACUUCCCUUCCGACAUUUCAUUUGAGAGAUACAUGGGAGAAAAUGGCUUGACAUUUGCAUAACAGGCUAAUUUACCUUCAUUACCAUAACACAAUGUCAAAUUCAUUACCAUUGCAAGUUAUAAUGAUGUCAUUAAUAUAUUACUGUGCAACUUGCGACAUUAGUGGCAAAUUGGGCGCACGUCAACUCUGUGGCGUCACCGGCUUGCCGCUAGUUAGCUUAGCGUGACAUUUGGGAGAAGUGGGAGUAUUUUUAUUUUUUUUUUUUCAAUUAUUAUGAACAGUUUACACAUUGAGAGAACUUUAGAAGGUCUUACCUGGAGAUUUUGUUCACUUUGACUUCUGUAGCCGUGAUGCUAAGCUAACCCAAACUGCAGCAGGGCGCGGCUUCGUCCAUUUUCAGCGCAAAUACGAUCGCAGCACGAUGAGAUGUCUUCGUCCUGCCCCCGCCCCAGGAAUCAAGCGAAAGCUUUCAACGAGCGCCGCGAGAAAGACGUGACGAAAAUAAAAAGUCGCAGGUAUUGCAUGUGAGCAACGCUACAACUUCCCAGUUGCCGUACUUGAACAAUUAAAACAAGCCUUCAUUCAAAGUAACAAGUAGUUUGAAAUCAUGUUUCUUUAUUUCAUGAUUGAAGUAUUGUGUAUCCUUGUUUUAGCCAUGUACAUUAUAACCAUUAUAUUUUUGUAAUGUUC